AUGGAGUGGUUGGAUCUGCUACCUACAAUCGACAUGAGCUUUGACAAUUUGAUCCAUCACAGUUUGGGGUACCAUCACGACAGAGAAAAUGUUUGUUCUGAGCUGAGAGAAGCCGCUCCAAAACUACACGUGGUGGUGCAUCAGUGUGGUUUUUACGAUAGUGGCAAACUUAGCUAUUCUCAUAAAACCAUAUUCUUUCCGUGGAAUUCUCGUGCGCGAUUACGUAGAAAAACACUUCAUUGCGCUAUUAGUGCAAUCCCGGAUUCGUGGAAAGCAACAUGCACUUAUUUAUUUCCUCAUUCAAGACCACUGCGAUGCAGCAAGGCGGACUCUUCUCUUUCGUUGAGUCAGUUGUAG